AUGGUGGCAAGGAUGAUUUCAUGUCUCAUUCUAGAAGCAUUAACUACAGAAGAACCAACAAAUUAUAACGAAGCAAAAGGUUGUCCAAAUUGGGAAAGAGCAAUGCAAGAAGAGAUCGAAGCUUUAAAUAAGAAUGAGACAUGGGAGUUAGCAGCCAAACCAGAAAAGUGUGUGCCAGUCACUUGCAAAUGGGUUUACCGCUUCAAGAAAAGAUCAUAUGGCACCAUUGACAGAUUAAAAAUCUGGGGGAGAUUGCCUUUUUUUCCUGGUUUGGAAGUGGAACAAUUAGAUCAAGGGUAUUUUGUUUCUCAAACAAGCUAUGCAAAGAAUCUUUUGGAAUGUUUUGGCAUGAGAGAGUCAAAGGAGAAGGCUGCUCCAAUAGAGCCAAAUCUCAAGUUGAAGAAAGAUGAAGGGAAGCUAAUGCAUGAUGCGAGGAAGUUCAGACAACUGGUUGGAAGCUUAAUUUAUCUGACAGUUAUGUGGCCAGAAAUUUCGUAUUCUAUUGGUGUUGUUUCUCAGUUUAUGCAAAAUCCUAGAAUUCCUGAUUUAUAUGCUGCAAAAAGGAUUUUGCAAUAUAUAAAAGGAACUCUUGGUUAA